UUCGCGCGCUACCCGGGGUGCUUCCCCUUCCCCUCUCCCGGGCCGUGGCCCCCGCGGCUUAGACGCCUCCUCCGCCGCCGCCGCUCGGAGCAACGCGGGGGCCGGAUGGACGGGGCCGCGGGGCCCGGUGAGGGCUCUGCUCGGGAGGCCCUGCAGUCUCUGAGCCGGCGGCUUCGGGUGCAGGAGCAGGAGAUGGAGCUGGUAAAGGCAGCCCUGGCAGAAGCCCUUCGCCUGCUUCGGCUGCAGGUGCCCCCCUCCUCCCUGCAGGAAUCUGGCACACCAGCUCCUCCAGGGGACAGCAGUCUUGCAGCACCCCCAGGACUGCCACCCACCUGCACCCCCUCUUUGGUGAGCCGAGGCACCCAGACAGAGACAGAGGUGGAGCUCAAGUCAUCCCCUGGACCUCCUGGCCUGAGCAAUGGACCCCCAGCCCCUCAGGGAGCUAGCGAAGAGCCUAGUGGGACCCAAUCUGAAGGAGGGGGCAGCAGCAGCAGUGGUGCUGGCUCCCCCGGCCCCCCCGGGAUCCUCAGGCCCUUGCAGCCCCCACAGCGUGCUGACACGCCCCGAAGAAAUUCUUCCUCCUCCUCAUCCCCCUCAGAGCGGCCUCGGCAGAAGCUCUCCAGGAAGGCAAUUUCCUCCGCCAACCUGUUAGUGCGGUCCGGGAGCACAGAGAGCCGUGGGGGAAAAGACCCUCUCUCCAGCCCUGGGGGCCCUGGAUCUCGGAGGAGCAAUUAUAAUUUGGAAGGCAUCUCAGUGAAGAUGUUCCUUCGAGGUCGCCCCAUUACCAUGUACAUCCCGUCUGGCAUCCGCAGCCUUGAGGAGCUGCCCAGCGGCCCACCGCCAGAGACCCUCAGCCUUGACUGGGUUUAUGGGUACCGGGGUCGUGACUCCCGCUCUAAUCUGUUUGUGCUGCGCUCUGGGGAGGUGGUCUACUUUAUCGCCUGUGUGGUGGUGCUGUAUCGGCCUGGAGGAGGCCCAGGGGGUCCUGGAGGCGGUGGCCAGAGACAUUACCGGGGGCACACAGACUGCGUUAGAUGCCUUGCUGUUCACCCUGAUGGUGUUCGGGUAGCCUCGGGACAGACAGCUGGAGUGGAUAAGGAUGGAAAGCCCCUGCAGCCUGUGGUUCACAUCUGGGACUCGGAGACACUGCUGAAACUGCAGGAGAUUGGACUGGGGGCUUUCGAGCGGGGUGUUGGGGCUCUGGCCUUUUCAGCUGCGGAUCAGGGUGCCUUUCUUUGUGUGGUGGAUGAUUCCAAUGAGCACAUGCUGUCGGUGUGGGACUGCAGCCGGGGAAUGAAGCUGGCUGAGAUCAAGAGUACAAAUGACUCAGUCCUGGCCGUUGGCUUCAACCCUCGUGACAGCAGCUGCAUCGUCACCAGUGGGAAAUCUCAUGUCCAUUUCUGGAACUGGAGUGGUGGAGUAGGGGUUCCUGGGAACGGGACCCUUACACGGAAACAGGGAGUCUUUGGGGUGAGGCAUGGAUCAGUAGAAGACGAUGGGGAGAGCAGAGUGGAAGAGGAAGUACUGGGCUGGGUGCAUUCAUUGGCUGGGAGUUCUUACUCUAUUGUGCCAGCCAAAGCUGGCCCUGUUUCACACUCCCCUGUACCCCAAAAACAUGACCUACUUGGGGCUUUGCCAACAGAGACCUAUGGGAUUGUGGCCCAGGCUCACGCUCAUGAAGGUUCCAUCUUCGCCUUGUGUCUUCGGCGGGACGGUACAGUGCUGAGUGGUGGCGGGCGGGACCGCCGGCUGGUACAAUGGGGGCCCGGGUUGGUGGCCCUCCAGGAAGCUGAGAUUCCUGAACACUUUGGGGCCGUGCGAGCCAUUGCUGAAGGGCCUGGCUCUGAGCUGCUGGUGGGAACCACGAAGAAUGCGUUGCUGAGGGGAGAUCUGGCCCAGGGCUUCUCCCCUGUAAUCCAGGGCCACACUGAUGAGCUCUGGGGGCUCUGCACACACCCCUCCCAGAACCGCUUCCUCACCUGUGGCCAUGACCGGCAGCUCUGCCUGUGGGAUGGGGAGAGCCACGCGCUUGCCUGGAGCCUCGACCUCAAGGAGACUGGUCUCUGUGCUGACUUCCACCCAAGUGGGGCAGUUGUGGCUGUAGGACUGAACACAGGGAGGUGGUUGGUUUUGGACACAGAGACCAGAGAAAUCGUGUCUGAUGUCAUCGAUGGCAAUGAGCAGCUCUCAGUGGUCCGGUAUAGCCCAGAUGGGUUGUACCUGGCCAUUGGUUCCCAUGACAACGUGAUCUACAUCUAUAGCGUUUCCAGUGAUGGUGCCAAAUCCAGCCGCUUUGGCCGCUGUAUGGGUCACUCCAGCUUCAUCACUCAUCUUGACUGGUCCAAGGAUGGGAAUUUCAUCAUGUCCAAUUCUGGGGACUAUGAGAUUCUUUACUGGGACGUGGCUGGAGGCUGCAAGCAGCUGAAGAAUCGUUAUGAGAGCCGAGACCGGGAGUGGGCUACGUACACCUGUGUGUUGGGCUUUCACGUCUACGGCGUGUGGCCGGACGGCUCCGAUGGGACCGACAUCAACUCCCUGUGCCGCUCCCACAACGAGCGCGUGGUGGCGGUGGCCGACGACUUCUGCAAAGUGCAUCUCUUCCAGUACCCGUGCGCUCGCGCCAAGGCGCCAAGCCGCAUGUACGGUGGCCACGGCAGCCACGUGACCAGCGUCCGGUUCACGCACGACGACUCGCACCUCGUCUCGCUGGGCGGCAAGGACGCCAGCAUCUUCCAGUGGCGAAUGCUGGGCGCCGGGGGCGCGGGGCCAGCGCCCGCCACGCCCUCUCGAACCCCCUCCCUGUCCCCCGCCUCCUCGCUCGACGUUUGAUCGCUGCCUGGCGGACCAACUGGCUGGAGGUGUGGAUCUGCCCCGCCCUGCCCCGCCCUGCCCCGCCCUAGUCCCCAUAGAGCAGGGGCCGACUCCUCGACUGACUUUGAGACAUUCCCGAUCGCGCAUUUCCCUGGAGGGCGCGAACGGCGCCUCUGCACACACUGUUUAGACCCGCUGGCUGAGCUGGGCAGCCCCAGCCUAGGCCUUGACUCCCGCUGCCUGCUGAGGGGUAAUAAACCAGAACCAAAGUCGC